CCCUACUCUGACAGAACACAUAAAGAUAAAAGAGUACUAUUAUUAUAGUCCUAGUAACCCCUCUCUCUCUCUCUCUAGUCUCAAAAAAAUGAAGAACAAUUCAAAUCCUAAGCUUAUACUUCUCCAUCAUUCUCUUCACAAACAAGCUCCAACAACACCCUUUCACUCUCACCGUCUUUGGCUUUUCUUCUUCCUUCUAACAUUCUUCACUAUAGUCUUCACUCUCACUCUCAUCACCACCAUCACCUCUUCCACCUCCUCGGCCACAUCCUCCACCGCCUCUCCUCUUCCACCCUCCGUAACCAAAGCCCUCCUCCACUAUGCCUCCUCCUUAAACACCACCACCAAAUCCAUGUCCUUUGAAGAAAUCAACGCUAUAACAACCACUCUUCACCUUACACCACACCCCAACUUCCUCAUCUUUGGUCUCACCCAUGAGUCACUUCUCUGGUCUGCACUAAACCAAAAUGGCCGCACUGUUUUCAUCGACGAAAACGAAUACAUGAUCUCAAAAUUUGAACAGUCCAACCCAGGAAUAGAAGCUUAUGAUGUUCAGUUCACAACCAAAGUUAGUGAGUAUCCUAAGCUUCUUUCUCAUGCAAAAGCAAAGUCUAAACACGAUUGUAAACCUGUGCAGAAUUUGUUAUUCUCAGAGUGUAAACUCGGAAUCAACGAUUUGCCGAAUCACAUUUACCAAGUCUCUUGGGAUGUGAUUCUUGUUGAUGGGCCAAGAGGGUACUUUCCGGCAGCUCCGGGGAGAAUGUCGGCGAUCUUUACAGCAGCAGUGUUGGCUAGGAGCAAGAAAAUGGGAAAAACUCACAUAUUUGUUCAUGAUUUUGGAAGAGAAGUGGAGAAGAUUUUCAGCUAUGAGUUUCUUUGUGAAGAGAAUUUGGUUAACAAUGUAGAUCAGUUAGGGCAUUUUGUGGUGAAGAGUGAAACCGACAGUGGUGAAAGUUCUGAGUUUUGCAGAAGUUCUAACUCUCCGUUGUUGUCUGUGUCGGUGUCAAAGGAUGUUGACUGAGGAAUUAAAGUAAACUUUUGUUUCUUGAAACAAUGUGUAAAAUUGUGUGUAUUUUGUUUUUUAGCUUUUUCUUUUUUAUGAAUAUAUGUAUUUUUAAUAGAAAAAGAAGUGUAAUUUAAUUUUGCUUUACAAUAUUGGACUGCUUUUUCACCUGAAAAAAGGGGUGAGAACGUGAUAAUGGAGCUUAGCUUUACAGAUUUAUUUUGUAUUAUC